AUUAUUUGGUUUAUACCUGUCUGGUUUGCAUAUACUCAUGAACAUAUCCACGAACCAAUAUCCCCUGCACAUCUGAUGUAUUUAUACGCAUACAGAACAUAGACUAACCUCUUUCAGUGCAUAUUUAGGACUGAUGUGUUCUGAUGUGGCAUAUCUGAUGUCAGGGCAUGGUGGGAUCUACAGCGCCCGUGCUGUGUGGUUCCGGGGAGUCUACGCCGUUCCUCGAAGAAGGGGGUGAUGGCGUGAAAAAAGCGUGUUCGUGGCUUGCCUGUAUUCCUACGUUGGUGUUAGUACUGGGACAUCGAUGGGGUUGUCUGCUCUCUCCCUCUCCCUUGUUCUCGUCUUCCAAUUCUUGCAUGCUUACGCCGCCGUGAAUGUCUCCUGGUCUACCAUUACCUCAGAUUCUUCUAAAAAUGUAGUCCAGUCCAAUUUCUUGGGAGUGAGUUUCGAGCUCAGUUUCAUGGAUCAAUAUUUUGGCAACGACACAUCCACGAUUCCCCAGACGAUGCUGAACUAUCUUUCCCAAAUACGCAACCGUACAGGGUCCAACCCCGUCCGGCUCCGGAUUGGCGGCAAUUCAGCGGAUAGCUCAACAUAUUUACAAAAUCAAACCUCGCCGAUGCUCAAGCUCACUGAUCCGGAUGCCAACUCUAACAACCAGCCUGUGGAUUAUGGUCCUAUGCUAUGGGACGUGCUGCAAAGUGUGUCGGGCUCGGUCGAGGGGGUCGAGUACCUUAUUGGCGUAUCUCUCAGUGACCCCAAUAAUACGGACGGAUCCAAAAUUGGCGGAGACGCGAAAAGUAUCUUGGGCAAUAACUUGGACUCGAUCCUCGUAGGGAACGAACCAGAUUUGUAUACUUCUCACGGUAAUAGACCCUUGUUACAAAAUUACACGGUCCAGGACUACAUUGGGGAGUUCUCGGAAGUCUCGGAUUACCUGAAUAAUACUUCUGCGGGCGACUUGCUGAACAACCAGAUCUGUUCUGGUCCUACGAUAUGCUGCGAUUGGGAUUUGGCGACUCUAUUACAGCAGGGCUAUCUGGCGACGUUCAGUAACAUACUCAAAUAUAUCACCCUACAGCAUUAUCCUCAGAACAACUGCUUUGGGUCUUAUCAGUAUGGGCUACCGUACUAUCUUCAACACUCCAACACCGUGGCUCUAGCCGGCUGGCAGCAGCACGGUAUUGAUAUCGUGGUUUCAAAUACUUCUGCUGGCCAUCCUCGACUGGUCAUGUCCGAAUUUAACUCUGCUUCAUGCGGCGGCAUCGCCAAUAUCUCUGAUACCUUUGCCGUUGGGUCACUCUGGACGCUCGACUAUGCCUUGCAAAUGGCUGCAAUCGGCUACUCCGCCGUGUAUAUCCAUACGAGAGAGAAGGGCGUAUUCUACAACCUGAUAGACCCUCCUAAUCGCACGCUGUCCGGCGAUACAUGGACCACAAAUCCACCUUUCUACGCUGUACUCGUUUUGCCGGAAAUAUUACAAUCUGACAACGGCAGUAUCGUCGUUGACCUUAAUUUGGAAGGGUCGAUGACUAGCAAUAGUACCGUUGCAGGUUAUGCUGUUUACGAUGCUGGAAGCCUUUCGGCGUCGAGAUUGGUCCUGUUCAACUAUGAUAACUCUUCGGUGGAGUUCUCCCUGGAAAAUUCGGCGUCUGGCCAGCCAUCCAUCAAGUACUUGGCUUCGUCGGAUAUUACGGAAAAGCGGAAUAUCGCUUGGGGUGAGGAGUCAUUUGUGGGUACGAGUGAUGGAAAGGCUGUCAAUGUGACGCGUGAUACCGAUGGGUUCAGUUGGCUUCCCUCCAGUGGGAAUUUUGACUGCUCUGGAAACUGCGCGGUAGAGGUACCUGGUCCCAGCCUAGCAGUGGUGUACUUAUCCGACUCGGUGUCUUCGUCGAAUUCAACUAAGUCGAAUUCUGCUCGACGCACGGUGGUUCCUGCGUCUUUUGCUAUUUUUGGUCUUGUCUUUACUUUUGGAUUUUUUUAUUUAGGUACUUAGGCUAUAGCUUCUCAUACUGGUUUUUAUAUUUUCGAUGGACCUAAUUUUAUCUGGAUUUCGACGCGGACCCUAUA